AUGUCUCGCCAGCGUCGUCCUGUUCAGGAGAAAGAUAGCCAAUCGACACUCUCUCCUGUACAAGAAGACCCUCCCGCAAUCAUCAAGAAGCUUGUUCAUUGGGAUGAUCUUCCACACUGGCAACGCGAUAACAAACAUAUCCAUAACGGAUACCGACCGGCCUCAGAAUCAUUUAUUGGGUCGUUUAAGUCACUGGGCUACAUCCACAAUGAAACAGUCAAUAUUUACACCCAUCUGUUGCCCGGCAUGCUAGCGGUACCUGCGGCGUAUCAGCUCUACCGGGCCCUGGCACCACGCUAUCACUCGGCGGCUGACUCGGACAUUCUAGCGUUUAGCUGCUUCUUUGCGGGAGCGGCAUUCUGUCUUGGAAUGUCUGCAACCUAUCACACCAUCUCCAAUCACUCACUAGCUGUGGCACGCAUUGGUAAUGCGCUCGAUUAUAUCGGCAUUGUGGGGCUUAUCGUGGGAAGUUUCAUCCCAAGUGUCUUCUAUGGAUUCUACUGCGUCCCCGAGUUACAGCACCGGUACUGGACCAUGAUUUGCACAAUCGGUCUUGGUUGUAUGGUCGUCUCGAUUCUCCCACAAUUCCGGACUCCCCGCUGGCGUCCGUUCCGUGCAGCCAUGUUUGUCGGGAUGGGCCUGUCGGCCGUUUUCCCGGUUUUCCAUGGGGUGAGCGAAUUCGGGUUCGAGCGCAUGCGUGGACAGAUCGGUCUCAGCUGGCUACUUCUUCAGGGCUUCUUGUACAUUUUGGGCGCGGGGAUCUACGCGGCGCGAGUGCCAGAGAGACUUUAUCCCGGCAAAUUCGAUAUCUGGGGCAGCUCGCAUCAAAUUUUCCAUGUACUGGUGGUAUGUGCGGCGGGGGCACAUCUGACGGGACUUUUGAAGGCGUUUGAUUAUCGGCACAGCGGGAGUGCCGAGAUUUGUCAGAUUCCACGCGGCUGA